AUGCAGCCCCGUUGCCUCCGUGUGUCCGACGGCGUGCAGUGCGGCGGCCGCGAUUUCACCACAGGGGGCGCGGGAGAACGCGACGGCAUGGGCGCGGCAGAGCUGGCUGUGACUCAGCGCGGCGGCUGUAGCACAGAUAGCCCUACAGGUGGCGCGAUAGAUAGCGGCGCCGACCGCGUCGCGAGCGGGCGAUGCGCUGGCAGUUGCGGCGGCGGAGACGAACUAGUUCAGUCUCGAGCGAGCGCCGAAAGGGGACAGCGUAGAAGCAGCGAAUGCUGGUCCGCGGAGCGAAAUAGAAAGUUGGGUACUAGUAGCGUCGAGGACUCGCGCCAACGGAGCAGAUUAGGCGGCGACAGAUGCGGGAGGCGGUGCGCGCAGCACGUGGCGGAGCGGCAGCUGCGGCUGCUGCGUCCCGCGCUGCUGCUGCUAGCGCUGCUGUCGUGCGGCCACUCGCCGCUCUCGCCCCCCGCAGGGCCGCUCGCUCCAGCCCGUGAUGCUCCCGCGCGCACCCGCCGCUCCGCGCUGUUCGUGGGCGCCACCCGAGCCUACUUCCCCUUCUUCCCCUCCUUCGCACAGUCGGUCCCCCGUUACUCCUCCUCUCCCCCUUCCGCUCUCCCCAACACUCUUUCUCACUCUCCUCGCCCGCCCCUCCUCUCCCUCCAGCUCUCUUCCGCCGCCCCUGACAAGUCAUCGUCAAGCAAUGACACGUCAUCGUCAGGCAGCGACAAGCCCUCGUCAAGCAAUGACACGUCAUCGUCAGGCAGUGACAAGUCAUCGUCACACAAUGACACGUCAUCGUCAGGCAGUGACAAGUCCUCGUCGAGCGGUGACACGUCAUCGUCAGGCAGUGACAAGUCCUCGUCGAGCGGUGACACGUCAUCGUCAGGCAGUGACAAGUCAUCGUCACACAAUGACACGUCAUCGUCAGGCAGUGACAAGUCCUCGUCGAGCGGUGACACGUCAUCGUCAGGCAGUGACAAGUCAUCGUCACACAAUGACACGUCAUCGUCAGGCAGUGACAAGUCCUCGUCGAGCGGUGACACGUCAUCCUCAGGCAGUGAUAAUUCCUCGUCAGGCAGUGACACGUCAUCGUCAGGCAGCGACACGUCAUCGUCGGGCAGUGACACGUCAUCGAAUUCAAGCGAACCAUCCACCGACAGCAGCGGCGGUGGAAGCGACACGGGCGGAGGGGGGCAGUCGGCGGAAGGUUGGCGUGCGCCGUGGGCGAAGGGCGGAGUGGCGGAGGCGGAGACGGUGCACCUGGUGCUCACGCGCGGAGCACGAGCGGCGCAAGCGGAGCCCACACCAGCGGCGGACGCGGCGGUGGUGGCGGCGGGGCUGCCCGAGCUGCCGCGAGUGGGGCUGAAGAACGAGAUCCGCUACGAGUACGGCGAUGCCCGGGACAGCGCGCUGCUCAGGACCACCAUGUACACGGCGGUGGGCGCGAGUCGCGACCCCGCAGUCAGCGCGGAGUUUAGGGCCGCUGUCUCUCGCGCUGACGUCACCAUCGCGCCACCCCGCAGCAGCGCGGACAGGUACCACACGGAGGUGAGAGUGGGGUCGUCCCAGCAGGCGUUCAGUGUGAUGGUGGACACGGCCAGCGACCUGCUCUGGCUGCCCUGCGACUGCGUGCGCUGCACUGAUGGGCCCUCCUCCUCCGCCACGCCAACGCCAUUCAAGCCAGCGGAGUCCACGACGCUCACCACCAUGCCGUGCGACGCCUCCUCGUGCUCCGCGUGGGCGGACGACCGCUCGCUCUCACUGGGCUGCAGCAUCGCACCGGACCUACCCACACCGGACUCCACCUGCCAGUACUCGCUCGUGUCCAGCUCCCCCCAGGGCAGCUCAGCGGGCAACCUGGUGCGCGACGAGGUGCACCUCAGUUUAGAAGACGGCAGCUUCCUCGCACCCAACCUCACCUUUGGCUGUGGGCGGUACCAAACGGGAGUGCUGGCAACGGACAACGGUGCCCCGGGGGGCGUGCUGGGGCUGGGCACGGGGGCGCUCUCGCCGCUCUCGCAGCUGGCAGACAGCGGGGUGGUGCCGCGAGCGGGCUUCGCACUGUGCCUGGAGGGGGACGAUGCCGCUGCUGCAGGGGGGGGCAGCCACCUGCUGCUGGGGACCACGGACGCCGGGCCUGCUAGCGGGUCAACUCGUGUGUACAAGAGCAGCCUCAGUCCGUUGUUCUACGUGAAGAUAAAGGACAUGCAUCUGGGCACGGCAGACCUCGUGGUCACGCCCGCCAUGUUCCCGCCGCUCUCCUCCGCGGGGGCGGGCGGCACGGCGCUCGACUCCUCCUCUGCCGCCUCCGUGCUGCCCCGCCCCGCCUACAUGGCUCUCGCCACUGCUUUCCUGGUGCAGUACCCACUCAUGAAGUUUGCGUCGUCGGAGAGCGCACAGGAGGGGCUGGACUGCCUUGACGCCACUGACUACCACCAGGCAUCCAUGACCCCCGCGGAGUUCCUGCAGCAGUUCCCCCCCCUCACACUCGUGCUGGCGGGCGGCAAGGGCAGCGCUGACUUCACCAUCGCACCCACCAACUACCUCAAGAUCGUGCCGAGCAGCCCACACGUGGUGUGCUUCACAGUGCGCAUGGCGAGCAGUCAGGCGGAGCGCGCAGUGAUAGGUGACCCGUGGAUGAGAGACAAGUACCUCGUCAUUGACACUCACAAAGAUACACUCUCAUGGAUCGAUGCUAACUGCACCACAGGCCUUGCCAUUAUCCGCAACACCACGGACAGCACCACCAACACCACCUCCUCCACCCUUCCUCCCCCCUCCCCGGGGCCCGCCGCCCAGCCGCAGCCCUCUCCCAACUCCUCCUCCACCACCCCCCCAAGCGGCUCCACCAGUCCCCCACAGGGCUUUCCUCCCUCCAUCCUCGACUCUAGCCCAGGCCCCACUGCUGCUCCCCCCUCCAUCGCCCCGCCCUCCCUUUCCCCCCCCUCCCUCCCUCCCCCAAGCCCCCCCCCUCCACCACCACCCCCGCCCCCAAGCCCCCCUCCUCCCAACAACCCUCCCCCGAACCCCCCCCCUCCGCCCAACAACCCUCCCCUGAACCCUCCCCCUCCCCCAGCCAACCCUCCCCCAGCCAACCCUCCCCCUCCGCCGUCCCCGCCAAUCGAGCCGCCGAUAGCGGGGUGCCAGCCGUCGCCCACGGACUGCGCCUUCUUCUUUGCGGGCCACGAGGGGCAGGUGCCCACCUUCUCCAUCCAGCCGCGCCAGGGCGACGCUGUGCUGUCAACGAGUGAGCUUAAAACGAGUAUAAUGGGCAGCGACAUCCAGGUGCUGGCGGGCAACUCGGGCGAGGCGCAGAUCGUCAUACACGCUCAACCUGCAAAGAACCCAUUCUUCCUCGCUUCAUCUCCUCAUUCCGUACUCACCUCUUCCUUCUAUGCUCAUCGUUUGAUUCGGUUCCCAUUCCCUCAACAGGACGUGCAGCAGCGCACGUUCAACCGAAUAGAGAACCUGUUCGCGCUGCGCAACGCGUAUGUGAAGCUGCAGGUGACAGCAGCGGAGAUGGACGUGUUUGGCAUGACGGUCAACAUGAACCCCGGCGACGGCAACUCCUACUUCCCCGAGGACAAGCGCUGCGUGCUCUUCAAAACCAAACUGCCCGACGGCUGA